AUGAAGCACUCCUUACAUUGCGGCUCAAGCGAAGCAGCCGUCGAUCCGCUGUGUGCCAAGUACGGCAGCAACCACACGACUUGCAUCCCGGCCAAGAACUGCCCCGCUGAUGCCAAUGGAGGACCAUGCGCAGUUACGGAGGCUGACAAGGCUUUUAUCGUUAAAUAUCAUAACGAAUACCGACAAAAGAUUUCGAGGGGACAAGAGACUCGAGGGUCUCCUGGUCCGCAGCCUGCUGGCACAAAUCUCCGCGAGUUGACCUGGAAUGACGACCUCGCACGAACUGCGCAGCGCUGGGCCGAGCAGCCUGUCCUAGGGCACGACUGCCAGUCUGAACUCGUCGGUUAUUCUUCAGUGACUCGCUGCAGUCGCAUCCCGAGGUACGACUCCGUUGGCCAGAAUUUAUACCUCAGCGGAUCCAGUGCAAAGAUCACGUCAGCGAAUUGGAAAGCAGCCAUUGAUAGCUGGAUCGAUGAGGUCAAGGAUGUGGUUAGCACCGACAUGACUAGCAACGGAGGCGUCAUUGGUCACUACACGCAGGUUGUAUGGUCCGAGACUCGGGAAGUUGGCUGUGGUGUCUUCAGCAGUAAUAAAAAGUGUACCUGGGCCGGUUGGAAUAAUAUGAACUGCGUUAAGUACAUCUGCAAUUACGGGCCCGCCGGCAACAUGUACAUAAAUGGCAUCCCGCAGCCGCCAUACAGCAGCAAAAAAAGAUGCAAGAAGCUAUCUAGAAAAUACACGGGCCUCUGCGCCGAGUGAUGCGAAAUUCAACGAAUUCCAAUAGUUUUCGAAGCUGGUGAUUUAAUUUAAAGCUCCUUUUCGAUA